AUGACUUCUAAAAAUACUGAUUCUGCAGUCUGUGUCGAGAAGCGCCAUCAUCUUAAAACUUCAGAGGAUCGAUAUAUGCGAAAACGUGUUAAGCAACUUGAAACUUAUUGCAAAGAAAAGGGAUUAUCACCACAUCCACUUUCAGAUUCUGAGCAUUUGCACAGUUCUUCUGAUUUUUAUAUAUAUACACCUGGAGCUUUUUCUAAUCUUCCAAGUAUCGAUCCUUCAGAAGUCUUCAUAAACUCAGUCAAUCUUCAGAGUUUUCUUGUCAUAGAAUCUCAAAUUUCUGAGGGUCUUUAUAAUUCUGAGUUUUCUAUGCAACCCUCUACUUUCAAUACUUUGAAUGAGUUGCCACAAA